AUGCAAUUCAAAUACUUGUCCUUGGCCUCCGUUGCCGUUGGUUUGGUUUUAGCCGCUGACUCCUCCAUCGACGUCACCACCACCUCUGCCACCUCUACCGCUCCAAUCGCAUCCGGCUGUUCGUUCACCGCCACCCAGACCGUUACCGCUGCCGCCGACUACCAGAAGUUGAACGCCUGUAACGCCAUCAAGGGUUCGAUUGUCUUCGAAAACGCCGGCUUGGACACCGUUAUUUUCAAUCCACAGUACGUCUACGGUGAUGUUAUCGUCCGGAAUGCCACCUUGUUGACAUCCUUCGUCGCCCCUAACUUGGUUGAGAUCACUGGUGACUUCGUUUUGAAUGGGUUGACUAUCUUGUCCAACUUGAACUUGGCCGCCCUUGUUUCUGUCGGUACCUUGUCCUGGACCGCCUUGCCAGCUUUGGAAAGCACCGGUUUGACCAAGGCUGUCGGUAUCUCUAAAGCCCAGUCCGUUUCCAUCUCUGACACCAGUUUGAUCAACUUGGAUGGCUUGAACGCCGUCGACGUCGCAAUCUACGACAUUAACAACAAUAACGCCUUGGAAAACAUCGAUGUGUUCUUGCAGACCGUUACCGACAACCUUUUCGUCCAGUACAACUCCAAGAACGUCGAAGUCUCCUUCCCAGACUUGAAGUGGGUUGGUAACUUGUCUGUUGCCGAUGUUGGUUCUUUUGAAGCCACUAACUUGCAGACCGUUAAUGGUUCCGUUUACUUCAUCAAUAACACCUUCGAAUCUCUCGAUUUGAAGAACUUGACCUCCGCUGGUGCCUUUACCGUCUCUGACAACAGUGACUUGACCGAGCUUAACUUCAAUUCCUUGAAGGAAGUCACCGGUGCUUUUGUCAUUGCUAACAACUCUGAUUUGACCACCGUCGACAAGUUUGGUGCCUUGACCACUGUCGGUACUUUGGUCAUGGAUGGUGGUUUCAACAACGUCACCCUCCCAAGCUUGUCCGCUGUUAGGGGUACCUUCAACUUUGCGUCCACCGGUACCGCCGACUGUGACGCUUUCUCUGGUGUCACUGUCCGUGGUAAGACAUCUUCCAGUUUGGGCUCUGAUGCCACCACCGCUAAGAGUAAGUCCUCUGACAGUUCAUCAUCCUCCUCCAAGGCCGCUGCUGCACCAUUCAACGCUGAUAAGUUGUCUGUUGUUGCUGGUGUCAUUGUUGCCGGUGCCGCUGCUUUGUUUUAAGUGAAGCCACCGUGGAGCUUGCUACAUAAGUUUAUACAGGCUUAGCUUUCCUCAUCCAUGCGUACGUC